AUGCCCGAACGAGUGAGAGACUUCCAGGGUCAGAGCUUCCACAAGCUGCGGCGGGACUGCCUGCGUCGAGGUGCGCUCUUCAAGGAUCCCCUGUUCCCCACCACUGCCCAGUCCCUGUUUUACAAAAGGGAGCCCCCGCCGGGACUGACCUGGAAGAGGCCAAGGGAAAUAUGCAAGGACCCUCGUCUGUUUGUCGAUGGCAUCAGCACUCGUGACUUGCACCAAGGCAGUCUGGGUAACUGCUGGAUGAUGGCUGCCAUUUCCUGCCUGGCAUCUGAGCCAUCUCUGUGGAAGAGGGUCAUCCCUGACCACGUGGAACAGGAGUGGAACCCGAAACGCCUCGACUUAUAUGCGGGAAUCUUUCAUUUCCGGUUCUGGCGCCUUGGCUGUUGGAUGGACGUUGUUGUGGACGACCGCCUGCCGGUCAGCAGGGAUGGCGUGCUGCUUUUCUGUCGCUCGGCUACACCCCGAGAGUUUUGGAGCGCCCUGUUGGAGAAGGCUUAUGCCAAGCUCAACGGCUGCUAUGAGGCACUGGAGGGAGGAAACACUGCAGAGGCCCUGAUUGACUUCACUGGGGGUGUUUCAGAGCCCCUCAGUCUGGAUCGCGAGGCCCUCACCUUGCACAGCGACCACAGGAGGACGCUCUUCCAGACGCUAGCCAAGGCGCACGAAUGCAAAGCCCUCAUCACCUGCUCCAUACGGCCAGCAGAGGGUGAGGCGGUGGAGUCGGUGUUGGACUGCGGCCUGGUGCAAGGACACGCUUACGGGAUCACAGCGGUGAGGAAGGUGAGGCUGGGGGAGAAGAGCCUGAAGACGGGCGGGGUGUCCAAACUCUUCAUGGUGCGCAUGAGGAACCCAUGGGGGACCACAGACUGGACGGGCGCCUGGAGUCAAAGGUCGCAGCAGUGGCAACAGAUGAGUCGUGCAGAGAGGGAGAAGAUGGGCCUCAUUGUUCGGGACGUUGGGGAGUUCUGGAUGGAUUUCGAGGAUUUCUGUCACUACUUCACAGACGUGGUGGUGUGCCGGCUGGUGGAGAGAGCUCUGCUGUGGCCCAGCUGUCACUGGAGAGAAGUGCACUGCUACGGGGAGUGGGCUCCGGCCCCCACCACCCCUGGAUCCCCUCCAUCCACCGUCCUCCACGGCGACUUUGCUCUGACCCUAGGUAAGAACAACGUCAAACCCGGAGGGACCGAGCAGCGGGGGAACCGAAAGGAGGCCCGACUCGGGGAGAGUCAGCAGGAGGGACGGAAAAGAGGACGGUGUGAGCGAGAUAAGGCUGUUAAAAAAGUCAUGAAGGAGGAUGAUGGUGGAGAGAGGAAUGGAGGAUGGGAGCCACAGGUGGAUAAGAGGAGUCGAUGUGGAGGAUGCAUCAACCAUCGAGAGACUUUCCUGCACAAUCCACAGUUUAUGUUUGAGGUUGGAGGCAAAGAGGAGGAGGUGCUGAUCUGUCUGCAGCAGGAGGACAGGAGGAUACAAAGGAAAGAUGGAGGAGGAGAAAACCUGCCUAUCGGCUUUGAGGUGCUGAAGGUGGAGGUGAACCGCUGCAGCCGUGUGCAGUGCGUGGUGGAGCAGGCGGCCAGCUCCGUCUACAUGGACUCCCGCAGCGUAACACUGAGGGCAACUCUGGCUCCAGGCCGCUACGUCGUGCUGCCCACCACCUUCCUGCCGGGUGCAACCGGACGCUUCUUGCUACGACUCUUCUCCCAUUCCCAUGUCAGACUCAGGGAACUGAGGGAGGAUUUGCCGUCCCCCUCUGUGUUCCAGUGUUUUCUACCUCAGCCUGCAGUGGUGACCACCGUUCAUCUCCGCAGGGCGUCAGGACUCAGCCCUCCCAAACAGACAGCUCCAGAUGUUUAUGCCACAGUGCGAUGCGAGAACGACACCAUCAGGACACGGGUGUUCAAGGCAGAGGGAAACCCUGAAUUCAACCUCAGAACCAUCUUCUACAGGAGAUACCCCGACACACACAUCUCUGUUGAGCUGUGGAGCAGGGGCCUGCUGUGGGACUCGGUGCUUGGCGUGGCUCAACUCCAGACGGCCGAGGCUGAGAGGAGUCGGAGUCAUGUGAUUGAUCUACGAGGCGGCCAAUCCUGCUCGGGAUACCGAGGUCGCAUCUAUGUUGAGACGUCCUCCAGCAUCUGCCUCACAGACUUGUGA